AUGCAGGAGGACGUGGAAUUCAUUCUGGUUUCAGAAUCCUGCAGGAGAGGGGCUGUGAGUGCCCCCAGAGCCUCGGGGGUGUGCGCCAAGGGGACGGUGACAGCCAGCAGUGGCCAGGCCGUGCCGCCUGGCACCAACAUCACCGUGUCCUGCAGGCUGGCAGCUCCUCCAGGAGCCUCCUGGUGCUGGGCAGCGAUCUUCCUCAACAGCUCCGAGCAAAUCCGAGGGCAGGGAGGCUCCGUCAGCAAAACCUUCCUGCUCAGCAGCCACGGCAAACACACCUUCACGUGCAAAAGCAUCUGUGGAGACAGGGCAAAACUCGUCUGUGGGAUCGAUAUCCGGGCUGGGACCCCUCCAGACGAGCCCAGGAACGUGUCCUGUAUCCAGUUUGGGACACGGGGCCGUCCCACCUGCAGCUGGCACAAAGGAAGGCUCACCUACCUCGACACUGCCUAUGGAAUAGAGCUCUCCAAUGGGACUGACACCUUCUGCUUUCCAGAAGAAACUCCCAGCCCUGUGUUUGGCUCUGGGAGUCUGAGCAAGCUGGAUUUUAAUUCCAAUUACACCGUGGUGGUUUCUGCCUCCAAUCAAUUAGGAAAUGCCUCUUCCCAGCCACUCACCUUCACGUUGGUAGACAUAGUGAAGCCACAUCCUCCUGACUUUGUGGUGGAAUUUGAUGAUUCUUCUGCCACCAGCUGCAGCCUUUCCUGGCACCAUGAGGCACAAGCACAGCACUACAGGCUGAGGUAUCGCCCCCUCAGCAGCAGCACCUGGAGCACGGUGGAAAUCUUCAGCAGGGAGAAAUAUCAUCUCCAGGGGCUGGAGCCUGACACAGCCUACGAGUUCCAGGUGAGCUGCAGGAUCCUGCCCGGCCGGGGGCUGUGGAGUGACUGGAGCAGCACCCAGAGCCAAACUCCAGCAGCAGUGCCAGCUGGGAUCCUGGAUGUGUGGUACCGGCAGCAGGACCUGGGCCCUGGGCACCAGAACCUCUCCCUUUUUUGGAAGGCCCUGAGCAGGUUGGAGGCAGGAGGAAGAAUCCUGGGAUACACGGUGACCUUGGAAGCCCUGGGCCAGGGGAAGCUCCCGGCACAAUCCCACCGGACCAGCCAGACCAGCUUCUCCAGGGUGACCCCCAGGGUGGCCCACAGGGUGACAGUGACUGCCCAGGGUCCCCGGGGCAGCUCCCGCCCCGCUGCCAUCCUCAUCCUCCCGGGCAGCCCGGAUCUGCCCCCUCCUGAGCGAGUGUCCAGCGUUGCCCUGGGCAACAGCAGCAUCCUGGUGACCUGGAGCCCCCCUGUCACCCCCACCCUGCCCGUCGGGGGGUACCUGCUGGAAUGGGCCGAGCCCGGGAGGGAUCCGCACCUGCAGCCCCGAAACACCUGGAGGAAACUGCCCCCGACCCGGCUCUCCACCGUGCUGGCAGAGCACAUCCGAGACAACGUCUGCUACGGGAUCCGCGUGUCCGCGCUCUACCAGGGCAGGGCUGGCCAGGCAGCCUCCGUCAGGGCCAACUCCGCAGCACAAGCCCCAUCAGCCGGGCCCCAGAUGUUCACAACCCCCUGGGCCAGCGGUGUCCUGGUGUCCUGGGAGGAGAUCCCAGCUCCCCAGCAGAGGGGCUGCAUCACUGCCUACCACAUCUACCUGCACAGGAGCACCAGGCAGGGCCAGCCCGAGGUCCAUGCCGUUCCCGCUGGGAAGGUUCCUCGCUCCCUGCACAUCCCGGCGCUGCAGCCCGGGGAGCACCACGAGCUCUGGAUGACAGCGGCGACAGCGGCCGGGGAGGGGCCCCGGGGCAACAGCGACAGCGUCUGCCUGGAGGGUGCUGGGGACUGGCUGACUCUGGUGCUCGUCUGCAGCUUCCUCAUCCUCUCAGCCUGUGUUUGUUCUGUGCCUCCAGCCAGGAAAGUAUUCCAGUGGCUCCUGUCCCUCCUCCUGCCGCAGUGGCACAGCAAAGCCAUUCCCGACCCUGCCAACGCCACGUGGGCCAAGAGCUUAACAGCUACCAAGGCGGAGCUGAGCGCUCCCUCCAGCCCCUUCCUGCCCAGCGGCUUCCAAGAGCCCGAAACGACCCCGGUGGAGGAGAGCUGGGCUGAGCCCCCCGAGCCUGGGGACAAGCUGCUGGUGGGCAGCGCUGGCAGCAGGGGACACUGGCCACGGGAGCUGCAGCUCUACCAGAAGCUGCUGCUGGAGCCCGAGUACAUCUCCAGCCCGGGCCCCUCCGCCCGGAGCCCCGAGCCCGAGCCCGAGCCCAUUCCCCUCUUCCCAGCCGCGUUCCUGCCUCCCGGGCCCUGCUGCCAAGGGAAUCUGAGCCUGGAUCGAGUGAAACUCAGCGGCAGCUCCUUCCCGAGGUAG